AAUGUCAUAAUAUGACAUUUAGUUGUCAACUAAAAAUCAUUGUUGUUCGUUGCGCUACAAAGAAAAACGUUUAGGUAAACAGCGUAAUAGUUUUUCAAGCCUGAAAAUCUAAAAAAUUUAAAGUGUUGUUGUUAGAAAAAUAAAAUGGGUGCAGUUCUUGGAUUAUGCAGCGCAGCCCAGAUGGCCUGUUGCUGUGGAAGUGCAGCUUGUUCGUUAUGUUGCUCGGCAUGUCCUUCAUGCAAAAACUCAACAUCUUCACGGAUUAUGUACGCCUUAAUGUUAAUAUUAGCAACAAUUGUGGCAUGCAUUAUGUUAGCCCCUGGACUACAAGAUUCCCUACGAAACGUGCCAUUUUGUAAUAAUCAAACAACAUAUUUACCAAAGGAGGCUGUAUUUAAUUGUAGCCAAGCUGUUGGAUAUUUAGCUGUUUAUCGAAUAUAUUUUAUUUUAACUUUAUUUUUUGUCCUAAUGGGAAUAAUGAUGAUUGGGGUUAAAACUUCUAAAGAUCCUAGGGCUGGAAUUCAAAAUGGUUUUUGGGGUCUUAAAUACUUAUUAGUUAUUGGUGGUUUAAUUGGAGCAUUUUUCAUUCCGGAAGUGUCGUUUGGACAAACAUGGAUGUAUUUCGGAAUGAUAGGAGGAUUUCUAUAUAUUCUAAUCCAAUUGAUAUUGAUUGUUGACUUUGCCCAUUCUUGGGCUGAGUAUUGGGUUGGAAAUUAUGAGGAAAGCGAAUCAAAAGGGUGGUAUGUCGCUUUGUUAGGGGCGACCAUUUUAAAUUAUGCGCUUACAAUAACUGGAAUAACUCUUUUAUUCGUUUUCUUUACAAAGCCUGACUCUUGUGGAUUAAACAAAUUUUUCAUUUCAUUUAACUUAAUUUUGUGCAUAAUUGUUAGUGUGACUUCAAUUUUACCAGCGGUGCAAGAAAAACUUCCAAGAUCUGGGUUAUUACAAUCAUCAGUUGUAUCAAUUUAUGUUACUUAUCUAACUUGGUCAUCAGUUUCGAAUCAACCAGAUAAAAAUUGCAACCCCGGGUUAUUGGCGAUUAUUGGAGCUGGGAAGGAAAAGACCAACCUUGGUUUUGAUAUGGAAAGUAUAGUUGGAUUGGUUAUAUGGUUUUUGGUUGUAAUGUAUUCAUCAUUAAGGACUGCAUCCAAAUCUUCAAAAAUUACCAUGUCUGAACAUGUUUUAGUUAAAGAUACUGGAGCAGUUCAACCCAAUGACGACGCUCACUUGGUCAAUCGGGAAGCUUCUAACGGCUAUGACUCUAUACCAGGUGGUGACGCCGAAGAGGGAGGUGAGAAAAAGACGCAAGUUUGGGAUAACGAAGCUGAUACGGUCGCUUACAAUUGGAGUUUUUUCCAUAUCAUGUUCGCUUUGGCUACUUUAUACAUCAUGAUGACACUCACCAAUUGGUACAAGCCUAAUUCAACACUUGAAACAUUAAACGCCAACGCCGCUUCAAUGUGGAUUAAAGCGAUAUCGAGCUGGCUCUGCUUAUUCUUGUAUGGAUGGACAUUGAUUGCUCCAAUUGUCUUAAGAGAUCGCGAAUUUAAUUAAAGAUCUAUUUAACAUUGAGUAAAUAAAUAGUCUUUCUCAUAAUCGUUGUUUAUAAUAGAGUUAGGUUGCUUUGAAAUAUUGAGAUUAACAAGUUCAAUCUCUUUAAUUUUACUAAAUGUAAUAAAUAUUCUUGUAUACUUAUUUUUCAGUUUAUUGUAUAGAAGUUUUGUGAUUUUUAUGAUUAUUCUAAAUAAAUAAAAAUAGGUUUAAAACGUUAAAA